CUUGGCUGCACUUUCUUUCAUGUGGAGCGAUGUGGAAUUAUCUCCUUUUGCGCCGACCAGUACACGCGCAGAUAUCAAGCAUAAUCACUACGAGGCAGUUGACGAGUGGCUCCUUCCUGCGCAGGGCAUUCCAAGAAGACGAUGUCGUUCUCCUCAGAGACAAGAAAGAUCCGUCGCACGAUGGGAUUCUAGUGAGGCUGCAGCAAUCAAAAUCAGUUCACACCCACCGCGGAUACAUAGAACAUGCUGAUGUAAUUGGAAAACGUCGCCGUCAAAUCGUGCGCUCAUCUAAGGGCACCGACUAUCGCAUCCAUGAACCGACCUUGGCAGAGUAUGUUCGGUUGACUCCGCGCAUCGUCACUCCUAUUUACCCCUCCGAUGCCAACCUAAUGGUGUCGCUGCUUGAUAUCCACGUUCAUGUCUCUUCUGCAACCCCACACAACUCUCCUCCCCUCGAGAUCCUCGAAGCCGGGACAGGCCAUGGGGCGCUGACCCUACAUCUGUCUCGUGCAAUACAUGCCGGGAACCCUCCAGUUCCCGCCCCACCAUAUGCAAGUAGCCACGCAGACCCCGAAGAUGCCGUGUAUUUGGGCGAGUCCGUUUCCGACCUUCAGGAAUCGAACUUGGAAUCAUGGAAAGCUAGUCGUCGCGCUAUCAUCCAUACCCUAGACAUCUCUAGCAAGCAUUCCAGGCAUGCGCGGAAGAUUGUUCAGGGCUUCCGCCGGGGCCUGUAUGCUGGAAAUGUAGACUUCCAUGUUGGAGACAUCUCUGCGUGGAUUACAUCACAGAGGACCAUGAGAAAGACCGAAGACGCGUUUCUGUCCUACGUCUUUUUGGAUCUGCCCAAUGCGAAUGACCAUCUGGCGAACGUAGCCCCGGUCUUACAUGUCGAUGGGCUCCUCGCUGUUUUCAACCCAUCUAUUACCCAGAUCGCGGAAUGUGUAGAAACUAUCCGUGAGCAUAGACUGCCCUACCUUCUGGACCAAGUCAUCGAGCUUGGGGCGGGCUGCAUCCGCCAAUGGGACGUUCGAUCGGUGAGACCCCGAGCGACGCUACAGGAAGCAGACCGCUCUUGCCUUCCAUUGGAAGAUGCGGCGAACCAGGACCCUGCGUCUACAGGUCAAGAUCUUGCUGACGCUGUCGGAGGCCAAGCGGCAAGAGACGAUGAGCUGGCGGAGAAUUUGACCAAGCACCAGGAUAAGUGGGCAAUGGUCUGUCGGCCAAAGGUUGGUGAAAGGGUUGUUGGAGGUGGCUUCCUGGGCCUCUGGCGGCGCAUGGAACCGGCAGUGAGAGACCAAGCAGAAGCUGCGUGAGCGUGUGGUGCAGCCUCCCCUCCAGUUGCUACUUCAUGUC